CUCUUUCAUUGGUGCUUCCACUACCAGAAGGAGCUUCGUUCGUUGAGUCCUUUUUCGAUCCUCGCCAUCGCAGCUUCAGGACCAUGGCUCCACGCAAAGGGAAGCAGAAGGAAGAACAGCCAAUCGUCUCUCUGGGGCCGCAAGCCAUCGGAAAUGAAAAUGUUUUUGGCGUGGCACAUAUAUACGCCAGUUUUAACGACACCUUCGUGCAUGUCACCGAUCUCUCUGGCAGAGAAACUAUUGCACGAGUGACUGGUGGCAUGAAAGUGAAAGCGGAUCGUGAUGAGGCAUCCCCCUAUGCUGCCAUGUUGGCCGCUCAGGAUGUCGCUGAAAAGUGCAAGCAAGUGGGCAUCACUGCUCUGCAUAUCAAACUGCGUGCUACAGGUGGAACCAGGACCAAAACGCCUGGGCCUGGAGCACAGUCUGCACUGAGAGCCCUGGCACGUUCAGACAUGAAGAUUGGGCGUAUUGAGGAUGUGACACCCAUUCCAUCUGAUGGCACUCGCAGGAAAGGUGGCCGCAGAGGAAGGCGUCUGUAAUGUAAACAGGGGCACAGUAAAGAUUUUUUUUCAGCUC